CAACAAAAGUUUUUUUUUUUUUGAUAACUUCAGCAGGACAAUAUCAAUAAUUUGAAGACGAGCACAACGAUGGAGGAUUACAAAAUUGUUUCCCAACAAAAUAAACCAUUUGAACAAUGUGAAAUUGACCAAAAAAUAACGCCAACUUACGAAUCAGUUGUGGAACAAACUACAACAGUUGAAGAAGUAAAAUCAAUCGCACGUACUGAAAAAUUUGAAUCAGUAUUGGAGUCAAUAGGACAAAAAAGUGUUAGACCAUCCAAGAGAAGGAGAGUAGCUGUCGAUAGUGAUCCGUCCAUUAAAGUUACAAUUAAAGAGGAACGAGUAGAACAAUUGUCACAGCAAAAUAGUUUCUCGGAACUUAACUUUCUGAAAGUGGAAUACGACGAACGAAAUGAGCAUGUGGCUUCAGAUGAACUUCCUGUAAUCGACGAGGGAAAUAAUCGUCACGAACGACCACAGUCGGAAACUGAAGACGAUAAAGGAGCUGAAUUAGAGCAUAUUAUGGCAACGGAAUUAGGCGAAAAAAAGCGGAUGCGGGCGAUGCGAGUAAAAUCUUUGAAAGACAAAAGAAAAGCGAAAAAAGAUGAGUCCAGAAUUCAAAUUUCGAAGAAUAGGAAGGAGAGAGCUGCUGCUAAAUUGAAAAUGGAAGCGGAACGUGUAGAACAAAUUUCACAGCAAAAUGGUUUCUCAGUACCUAGCUCUCAGAUAUUAAGUGACGAUGACCGAAUGGCAAACGAGCGUGAAGCAGCUGCACUACUUGCACUGCACAAUGACCUAUUGGAAGUUGAAUUUACCAUAGUUGAAAUCGACGAAGGAAAGAAUGUACCGAAACAACCAGCUGGAAAAUGGAAAACGCGAUUAAGGCAGAAAGGAAGAGAAAAAGUGAUAGAGAGAAUUAAAGCUGUACAAGCUCAAUUGAGUUCUGACGAAGCACAGCUUCCCGUUGCAGUUGAAAUGGACGAGGUAACUAAUUGCAGUGAAGAUUGUAAGAGAACGAAAGGAAAUAGAAGUGAACGCAGAAAACCAAUUCAAGAAGAAAGCAUUAAAAAAAAAACUGCGAAAGAGAAGAGAUUGAAACGACGCGCUACCGAAACGGAAGAACAGAAGGCUAAACGAUUGGAAAGAGCGAAACGUCAGAAAAUAGCACUGGAAAAAAGACUUGCAGCGGAAACCGAACAAGAGACUGCUGCUAGAUUAUUGCGUACAAGAAUAGGUAUACUGAAAAAUCGAUUAAAAUUGAGAUUAGAGGAAAUGAAGCAGCUAAAAGCACGAAAAAAAAAACUGAGCUCAUUACUGAAGUUGUUGAAACGAAGUGAAACAGAAGAACACAAGUUGAAACGAUUACGAUUGCAGAAACUAAAUCGGAGGAAGUUGAAAAAAGUGACGGUGAUAGUUGAACAAUUAAAAGCUCAAAUUUUCGAGUUGCUGGAGCAGCAACAGAAGGAUCAGGAACAGAAGCAUCAGGAACAGAAGCAUCAGGAGCAGAAGGAUCAGAAGCAGAAGGAUCAGGAAGCUUUUACAGAAAAUCAAUCAUCCUCCGAAGUGCAUGAGCAAGAUGCAACCAAAAUCAUAUUCUUGUCGCAUGAAAGAAUUUCAAUCGAAUCACCGUCAGAAAUGUCUACAAGUACCACUACCACAUCCACAAAGAAGGAAACUGAGAUUGAUGCGGUGUGCCAUUUACUAUAUUCCAUCUGCAAAAAUCAACCAUCACAACAUCCACCGCAUCACCGUCGACUGCAAAUUUCAGGCAAUCUUUCCACGUCUGGCAGUUUUCACCACCUUUUAGCAGCGGUCCACUGGCACAAACUUAAUCGUCGUACUGAUGAUCGACGAAUUUAACGAAUUGAAUUCAAUCUUACAAAAAAACUUUUUUUUAAACAGAUCGAAA